AUGGCCUACAAGCGCAACAACAAGAGAGAACGCUCCGAAUCGACCGAUUCCGGGCCCAGCGGCCCCGAGGUGGUGAUUGAGUUGGACAGCAAGAAGAGGGUGACCAUCAGAAAGUUCAAGAACAUCAAAUUGGUGGACAUUCGGGAGUUCUACGUGGACAAGGCGUCUGGCGAGAAAAGACCAGGCGCCAAGGGCAUUUCGUUGACUGAGGAGGCUUGGACGAAGUUGGUGGGGUCUGUUUCACAAGUGGAUGCAGCAUUGGCCGCAUUGGAUGGGCCACCCACCAGCAAGGUCAAGACGGAAGCCAGGGCGGAACGCGUGGACAAUGGCGAGGAGAACCAAAAGGCUGUCAAGGAAGAGGAGCAAGACAGCGGGGAAGAGGCUUAA